GUUCUAGUAAGUUCCUUUUGCAACGUCAUCCCUUAAUAGAGAGAAGAGUGUGAAACGCCACAAAUUACCCAUGGUGCCGUGGUGCAAUGAGGAAGCGGCCGUUGGCUGACAGACAGCUCGAGGAUGGCGGAGAACGCGGAGCUGUGUUCUAGAACUGGAACCAGAAUCAUCCGGGUUACUGUCAAGACUCCUAAAGACAAAGAGGAAUUCGAGCUGGCGCAGGACUGCACCGUUAAAGAGUUUGGGGGCAAUCCUUUUGCAUCCUUGGUGAGUAAUCCUGAUGGAGGCAAUCAGCCAUCACGUACAGAGAACCGAGACCCUUUGCCUAAUCCCUGGGCUUCCCUGUCAAGUUCACAGACCCCUACGAGUACAACCACAGGUGCAACUACCAGUCAGUCUACAACGCCAAGUCUAGGAGCUGGAUUGGGAGCAGGAUCUGGUAUGUUCAACACACCAGGUAUGCAGAGCUUAUUGCAGCAGAUCACAGAAAACCCACAGCUCAUGCAGAACAUGCUCUCAGCGCCUUACAUGAGGAGUAUAAUGCAAUCCCUGAGUCAGAAUCCUGAUCUUGCUGCACAGAUCAUGCUGAACAAUCCAUUGUUUGCUGGAAACCCUCAGCUACAAGACCAAAUGAGGCAACAGAUCCCUAACUUUCUACAGCAGAUGCAGAACCCUGAAACAUUGUCUGCUAUGUCAAAUCCAAGAGCCAUGCAGGCUUUGCUACAGAUUCAGCAAGGCCUGCAGACCUUAUCUACCGAGGCCCCAGGGCUUCUGCCAGGGUAUGGCAGUGGUAUUGGAGGAAUUGGCACAGUUGCACCUGGCUCAAAUGAAAACACUGGAGCAAGCAGCACAAUGGGAACUGAUGGACAACAGCGUUUUGUGCAGCAGAUGUUGCAAGCAUUAGCUGGGACAAAUUCACAGACUUUGACUCCGAAUCCCGAGGUACAGUUUCAGCAGCAACUUGAUCAGCUCAGUGCAAUGGGAUUUCUGAAUCGUGAAGCCAAUCUUCAAGCUCUAAUAGCAACAGGUGGAGACGUCAAUGCAGCCAUUGAAAGGCUGUUGGGUUCUCAACCAUCUUAGCAAAUGUUCUGCAGCUUGCAAAGAAAUUGUAAUUUAUUUUUGAUAUAUCAGCACUUAAAUCUUUAAAAGCAAAUGCUCUUUUCAGCUUGACUUCUGAGGUUCAGUCUUGUAGUUGGCGAUGGAGGAAAUGACAUUAUAAAUGAGUGCACAGAGGCAUUUGUACAAUACAUAAGUAUUGAGAUUUUUUGGGUCAGGCCAAGAUAUUGCAUGCAUAAAAACUUUAUUUCGUUUAUAAUUUUUAGAAACUUGAGUCAUGUGAAUAAGUUUUGUGGUCUGACCUGAAGAUCUGUUUAAAUCUCAAGUCUUGCUGUAAUAGCUAGUAACUAGUAGUAACUAGCUAGUCAGUAGCCUCAUGAUAGCAAUUUGUAUAGAACAAAGACUUGCAAGAGAUGCAGAAGAAACUGAUCAAAGCCGCAGUGUCUGACAGCCCAUUGCAUAUCGUGAUUGAAGCAUGCAUUAAGGCAAAUAGCAUCAAAAAGACUAAAUGCAGGAUACCACCAACUCUAAUAUUUAUUAAUUUGCUUCAUAUACAAAAUGAAAUGCAUAAAAAUGUACUUCAUUGCAUAUUAUUUCACUGAAAAGAUUUCAGUACCAUUCUAGUCUUGUUGAAUGCAAUUGCAGUGUGGUUUUGAGCUUCCUAAUUCUGGAUGACUUCAAAUCUUUGUGCAGCUUUAAUGAGCACCUUAUUCUAAACUGUGUGCUUACAACUACAGCAGAUUGGCUUUGGCCAGUAAAAUCCAAGCAUAUGUAUGUGCAUUAUAACUUGAAGUGGCACUUUUUAUUGAGUGUCACUUGUAACAUUAAUCUAAUUAUUUCUCAGAACUGCCUUGUACAAAAUAUUUAAUCUGUCAGUUUUUAUCAGUAGCAAUUACUUUAUGUGCACAGAUCAUUAAACUGAAUUUAAAAAAAAUUGUUUUGUGCCUUUGUUAACAAGCAAGCCAUUGAAUUGCUCAUCUAUUCCUGUUAAGGAUUUAUAGUCCAGUAAUACUGUAGCUGUCAUUCCUUUGAAAUAGCUUUUAAAAAUUGUCAUAAAUUAAUUAAAGAGGAAAACAUUGAUUAUCUGUGGUAUCAGGAUGAUAUCUCUCUAGAUUUAGCACUGGUAUACAUUAUUAUGGAAUGAGUAAUCUCCAAACAACAUAUUUCAAAUGUAACUGCCAACCUUUGUUAUUCCCUUUUGAGGUCAUAUAGGCAAAUCAAGUUAAUUGUAAUUAUUACUAAACUGAUGUCAACAAUCAGGGAAUAUUAACACGCAUUUUAAACCUCUCUAAGCACUGAGUUAAAAACAAAUUGUGUUUUAGAUCCAGAACAAUGUCACUUUUGACAUGUUACAGCUGCAGUGUGAUAGAUUUGUUAGAUGGAAGAAUUUUCUUAUUUAUUCAUUAGUAGAUCUCCUUUGGAUUAGUUUACAAAUUAUGAAGUUCCAAGGGUGUUCAUAUACAAAAGUGGAAAGCAGAUCUCUUGUGGUAAACUUUGGAAAAACUUCUUUCCAACAAUAAUGUAAGUGUUAAUAUGAUCCAUGAAAGGAAAAUAAAUAUUUUCCUGCAGACAACAUUUAUUCCUUUACAAUUGUAUUUGUAACCAAUUCUCUCUAUACAAGAUCUCAACAAUCCAUCUGAAAAAUGCCUGAGGUAUUAUUGUGAAUAGAGUCAUAGGGUUGUAUAGCAUAGAAACAGACCCUUUGGUACAACUUGUCCAUGUUGGCCAGAGAUUCUAAAUUAAUCUAGUCCCAUUUGCCAACAAUUGGCCCAUAUCUGUCUAAACCCUUCCUAUUUAAAUGCCAUCCAGAUGCCUUUUAAAUGUUGUAAUUGUACCAGCCUCCGGCAGUCCAUUCCAGAUACGUGCCACCUUCUGUGUGAAAAGUUGCCCUUUAGGUCCCCUUUUAAAUCUUUCACCUUUCCACCUUAAACCUACACCCUCUAGUUUUGGCCUCCUAGACCCUGGGAAAAAGAUCUUAGCUAGUCAUCCUAUCCAUGUCCCUCAUGAUUUUAUAAACCUCUGUAAGGUCACCCCUCAACCUCUGAUGCUCCGGGGAAAAUAACCCCAGCCUAUUCAGCCUCUUCCUACAGCUGAAACCCUCUAACUCCAGCAACAUUCGUGUAAAUCUUUUCUGAACCCUUUCAAGUUUAACAACAUCUUUCUUAUACCAGGGAGACUAGAAUUCCAAAAGUGGCCUAACCAGUAUCCUGUACAGCCAAAACGUGACAUCCAAACUCCUAUACUUAAUGCUCUGACCAAUGAAAGGCAAGCGUACAAAAUGCCACCUUCACGACUCUACCUGCGAC